AUGUUGAGGGUAGUGAUCAUACUGUGUUUGCUGAUUGACAUAAAGUGCCAAAUAGAUGCCACAUCUUGCCUUAGAAGUGAUCCUUCACAUCUCCUUCAUGAAUGGUAUAAACCAGGAAACCUUCUUAUUGGUGGGAUCACAGCUCAGACUAUAUAUGUACUGGAGGAACAUUCCUUUAAAGAGUAUCCUUUACAGAAGUCAUUUAUGCCACCUGUAGUUGUUUUAAAAUUGUAUCAGCAUUCCCUGAGUUUGGCAUUUGCUGUGGAACAGAUCAACUCAAACACAAGACUCUUAUCUAAUGUUACUCUGGGAUUUUUCAUCUCUGACAACUAUUUUGAUGCCCGGCUGACUUACCGUUCCACUUUGGAACUGCUCUUCCCAUCCAAUCAGUUGGUUGUCAACUACAGAUGUGACACCAAGGAGAAUCCCGUUGUGGCCAUUAUUGGAGGAUUUGGUGCUGAUAUCUCAUUCUUCAUGUCACAUGUCAUAAGCCUUUAUAAAAUCCCACAGCUUGCCUAUGGCUCUUUUGCUCCAAAGAAGCAUGGAACAAAUAUGGCUGCUUCCUUUUACCGCAUGGCUCCCAAUGAAAGCCUUCAGAUUGUGGGGAUUAUCCAUUUGCUGAAGCACUUUGGAUGGACAUGGAUUGGCCUUAUAAUUCUGGAUGAUGACAGCGGAGACAAUUUCCUCCAAGCCCUGGACCCACUUCUUUCUGAGAACAGGAUCUGUUCUGCCUUUGUGGAGAGAAUGCCCAAACAAGUAUUUUUUUUUGUGUUUCAGAAUAUUGUAGUGUAUAAGGUAUAUCGUUAUUUGUUCCAUACUGAUAUCAAUACAUUCAUAUUCUAUGGGGACAGCAUCACACUGAUCCUUCUGCUAAUGUUCUUUAAAUAUUACAACAGUUGGAAAGAAGUGGGAAAAAUAUGGAUUUUGACAGCUCAAAUGGAUUUAAUGUUAACAAGCUUUCAUCGACCCUCAGAUCUGCAAUUGUUCAAUGGAGCAAUUUCUUUUGAUAUUCACUCCAAUGAAUUGCCAGGUUCCAGUGAAUUCCUUGGGGCCAUCAAACCAUUCCAGACCCAACGAGAUAGUUUGUUGAAAGAAUUCUGGGAGCAAGCCUUUGAUUGUUUGUUUUCAGAGAGCAAUAAACAGGUGGAAAGUGGUGAAGCAUGUACUGGGAGGGAAGAUCUAAAAAAACUUCCUGCAAAUUUAUUUGAAAUGACCGGCCACAGCUACAGUAUCUACAAUGCAGUGUAUGCUGUAGCACAUGCUGUUUAUCGCAUGAACUUACUUAGUUCUAAAUACAAAAGAGUAAUAGAGAGUAGAAGGGAUGAACCUCAAGAUCAAGACACUUGGAAGCUUCACUGGUUUCUUCGAGGCCUUUCAUUCAAUAAUUCACUUGGAGAAACUGUGUCUAUCAACCAUCAAGGAGAAGUGCUUUCUGGAUUUGAUAUUAUAAAUGUGGUCAUGUUUCCAAACAACUCCUACCGUAAAGUGAAAAUUGGAAAGGUGGAUUCCACAGCACUUGAAGGAAACAAAUUUGUGGUUCAUGAAGAUUUAAUUGUGUGGCACAAAUUGUUUAAGCAGAUCUUGCCCCGUUCAGUCUGUAAUGAUCCCUGUCCUGCUGGCUAUCAGAAGAAAAAGAAAGAAGGGCAGAAAUUUUGCUGCUAUGAUUGUGAUCCAUGUUCCAAUGGAAAGAUGUCAAACAUGUCAGACAUGACUGCCUGUUCUGAAUGUCCAGAAGAUCAAUACCCAAGUAAGGACAAAGUUCGAUGCAUCUCCAAAAUCAUAAUUUUUCUAACCUUUGAAGAACCUUUAGGGAUCAGUUUAGUUGUGGUUGCUUUUUUAUUUUCAGUCAUCACCAUGCUCAUACUUGGAAUAUUUAUCAAGUAUAAAGACACCCCUAUUGUUAAAGCUAACAACAAGGAUCUCACCUACACUCUCCUCAUCUCCCUUCUGCUGUGCUUCCUCUGCUCUUUUCUCUUCCUUGGAAAACCUUUCAAACUGAUUUGCUUCAUCAGACAAUCUGCGUUUGGCAUUAUUUUCUCUGUGGCUGUUUCUUCUGUAUUGGCCAAAACCAUCAUGGUCGUUGCAGCAUUCAUGGCCACCAAACCAGGGUCUGGCAUGAGAAAAUGGUUGGGGAAGAAACUGUCCAUCUUAAUUGUUUUUUCUGGCUCCUCCAUUCAAGCAGGUAUUUGUCUGGCAUGGAUGAUCACCUCUCCUCCCUUUCCAGAACUUAAUAUGCAAUCAAUGGCUGAAGAGAUCAUAGAAGAAUGUAAUGAGGGGUCUGUUGAGAUGUUUUAUCUUGUCUUGGGCUAUAUGGGGUUUCUGUCUCUGGUCAGCUUCAUGGUGGCAUUCCUUGCUAGGAAUCUGCCAGACACAUUCAAUGAAGCCAAGUUCAUCACUUUUAGCAUGCUGAUGUUUUGCAGUGUUUGGUUAACUUUUGUUCCAACCUAUGUGAGCACCAAAGGAAAGUAUAUGGUAGCUGUGGAGAUCUUCUCCAUCUUAGCUUCUAGUGCUGGGUUAUUGGGAAGUAUCUUUUUCCCCAAAUGCUACAUUAUUUUGUUGAGGCCUGAGCUCAACAGCAAAGGGCAACUUGUAAAGAAAAAGCAUUUCUGA